UGGGGAGGUGGGGUCGAAGGUUCAUUGAGAGAGAGAGAGGGGCGUGCUGUCGCCAGAGAGCUGCUGUAACUUCGAGGUGACAGUGUGGCAGGUAGAGAGCGCGGCUGGGAGCGCAGAAGUUGAAGACAGCGAACCAGCGAAGGAAGGAGCGGGGGCGCGCGCGCGCGGGGACGCCGUUUGCGCACGACCGUCGCUCGGACUUCCCGGCGGGCACGCUUGCGCUCCACUCUCAGGCUCGCGAGGAUUCGCUGGGGCUACGACGGCGGCACACGAUGGCCGAACACGAAAGUUUGGAGUUUGGGAAAGCCGACUUCGUCCUUCUGGACACGAUCUCAAUGCCGGAGUUCAUGGCGAACCUCAAACUGAGAUUUGAGAAGAGUCGCAUCUACACCUACAUUGGCGAGGUGGUCGUCUCUGUCAACCCGUACCGCUCCAUGAAUAUUUAUGGCCGGGACACCAUCGAGCAGUACAAGGGGCGAGAGCUUUACGAGCGCCCACCACACCUGUUUGCCAUUGCGGACGCAGCGUACAAGGCCAUGAAGCGCAGGAGCAAAGACACGUGCAUCGUCAUCUCAGGAGAAAGUGGCGCUGGGAAGACCGAAGCCAGCAAAUACAUCAUGCAGUACAUCGCAGCCAUCACCAACCCCGGCCAGAGGGCUGAAGUCGAGAGGGUGAAGAACAUGCUGCUCAAGUCCAACUGUGUGCUGGAAGCCUUUGGCAACGCCAAGACCAACCGCAACGACAAUUCGAGCCGCUUUGGCAAGUACAUGGACAUCAACUUUGACUUCAAAGGCGACCCCAUUGGCGGGCACAUCAACAACUACCUGCUGGAGAAGUCCCGGGUGAUUGUCCAGCAAGAAGGCGAGAGAAGCUUCCACUCCUUCUACCAGCUUGUACUGGGAGGUCCCGAGUCACUCCUACGGUCACUGCACAUCCAGAAGGAUCCCAAGGCCUACGCUUACAUCCAAGUUGGGGGACAGAAGAAGUCCACCAUUAAUGACAGCGCCGACUUCAAGGCCGUGGCAGAUGCCAUGAAGGUGAUUGGCUUCACCCAAGAGGAGAUCCAGACGGUCUACAAGAUUCUGGCUGCCAUCCUGCACCUGGGCAACCUGAAGUUCGGCAGCGAUGGGGACGUCACCCUCAUCGAGAACAGCAAGCUGGCAUCUGUGCUCGGGGACUUGCUGGGCACCAGACAGGAGAACGUCGAGAAGGCCCUGCUGUACCGCACGGUGGCCACGGGCCGCGAUGUCAUCGACAAGCAGCACACGGAGCAGGAGGCCAGCUAUGGACGAGACGCCCUUGCCAAGGCCAUUUAUGAACGGCUCUUCUGCUGGAUUGUGGGGCGCAUCAAUGACAUCAUUGAGGUGAAGGACUUUGAUGUGAAGGUCCAUGGAAAGAACACCGUCAUCGGAGUCCUGGACAUUUAUGGAUUUGAGAUCUUCCAGAACAACAGCUUUGAACAGUUCUGCAUCAACUACUGCAACGAGAAGCUGCAGCAGCUCUUCAUCCAGCUGGUCCUGCGGCAGGAGCAAGAGGAGUACCAGCGGGAGGGCAUUCCCUGGAAACACAUUGAUUAUUUCAACAACCAGGUGAUUGUGGAUUUGGUGGAGCAGCAGCACAAGGGCAUCUUCGCCAUUCUGGAUGAGGCCUGCAUGAAUGUUGGCAAAGUGACCGACGAGAUGUUUCUGCAGGGCCUCAACAACAAGCUCGCCAAGCAUGCCCACUUCUCAAGCCGUAAGCUCUUCCCCACCGACAAGAGCCUGGAGUUUGACCGAGACUUCCGGAUCCGGCACUACGCUGGAGAUGUAGUGUACUCGGUCGUUGGCUUCAUUGACAAGAACAAGGACACUCUGUUCCAGGACUUCAAGCGGCUGCUGUACAACAGCUCCAACCCUGUCCUGAAAAGCAUGUGGCCUGAGGGCAAGCUGAGCAUCACAGAAGUGACCAAGCGGCCACUGACCGCGGCCACCCUCUUCAAAAACUCAAUGAUCGCUCUUGUGGAGAAGCUGGCAUGCAAGGAGCCCUACUAUGUGCGCUGCAUUAAGCCCAACGACCUCAAGUCCCCGCUGCUCUUCGAGGAGGAGCGCUGCCGCCAUCAGGUGGAGUACCUGGGCCUGCUGGAGAACGUCAGGGUGCGGCGCGCGGGCUUUGCUUACCGGCAGACGUACCAGCGCUUCCUUCAGAGAUACAAAAUGAUCUCCACCAUUACGUGGCCAAACCAUGAGCUGCCAUCGGACCGAGAGGCCGUGAAGAAGCUGAUGCAGGCCAGCGGGUUUGAGCAGGACAGCGCCUACGGGAAGACCAAGGUGUUCAUCCGCACACCCCGCACCCUCUUCGCCCUCGAGGACCAGCGAGCUCAGAUGGUGCAGCGCAUUGUGCUCUUCCUACAGAAGAUCUGGAGGGGCACCAUUGCCAGGAUGCGAUACCGCCGCAUGCGCGCCUCCCUCAUCAUCAUCCGCUGUUACCGGCGCUACAAGGUGAAGGCCUACAUCCGGGAGGUGGCCCACCGCUUCCACAAUGUCCGUGACAUGAAGGACUACGGGAAGCACAUCAAGUGGCCGAUUCCCCCUCGAGUGCUUCGCAAGUUUGAAGAGGCGCUUCAGGGGCUCUACAGCAGGUGGCGGGCUGGCCAGCUGAUCCGUUCCUUGCCACCCGAGGAUCUGCCAAAGGUGAGAGCAAAGGUAGCAGCCUUGGAGACGCUGAAGGGCCAACGGACAGACAUGGCGCUGCAGAGAGCCUGGGAUGGCAACUAUGUGAAACGAGACCGGCCAGAGUUGGCAAGCUUCUUUACGUUGGCAUCCAGCGAGCUGCAGCGUAAGGACAAGUUCAUGAAUGUGCUCUUCUCGUGCCAUGUGCGCAAGAUAAACCGCUUCAACAAGGCAGAGGACCGUGCCAUCCUCAUCACGGACCGCCACCUUUACAAGAUGGACCCCCUGAAGCAGUACAAAGUGAUGAAGAGCAUUCCUCUGUAUAACGUUAGUGGCCUCAGCGUGACACCUGGGAAGGACCAGCUGGUAGUCUUCCAUACCAAGGACAACCGUGACCUCAUCGUGUGCCUACAGGGCAUAGAGCCAGCUGGAGAAAGUCGCAUAGGAGAGCUUGUGGGCGUCAUCGUCAGCCACUUUAAGAGUGAGAUGCGCAAAAUCCAAGUGAACACGUUGAACCCGAUCCAGUGCAGCAUGCAUGGCAAGAAGUGCACCGUCGCCGUGGAGACCAAGAUCAACCAAUCACAGCCUGAUUUUGUCAAGAGUCGUUCGGGGUACAUCCUGUCUGUGCCCGGGAACUGAAGAGGCGGGGUGGGGGGGGAGGGGGCUUCCUGUGCCAGCACUUAGAAGAUUCCAGAACUUUCAGGCGGUACCUGUGGGCAAAUGGGGUGUGGGGAGGCAAUGGGGCAGAAGUGAAGCCCCCCCUGCAUAUACAGAAAGGCAGAACUGCAAAUCAGACUGGCACUGCAGAACCCCCCACCCCCACAAUGUCCCCACUAUGUUAAGGGGUCACCCAUACACACCCCCGUUAAAUUGACGAUGGGAUGAAGUGUCCCUAAGAUGGACCCCACCUGCCCAGCCGCCUUUACUGCUCCUGCGGGCACAAUGCUGCUGGUCAGCUGCCUUAUGCCCACCCCUUCAUUUUUUAUUUUUAAUCUUUUUUGCACUUUUCCCCUCCGAUGUGCCUUAAUUCUUCUGAAGUGCCUAGCUGUUGACAUGGAGGUGGGCACUUGGUUUGGCAGCAGCAGUGAAGACGCCCAGCAAGGAGCCACACAGUGGGUGCCAGGGUGCUCUGCCAGGGGCCUGGGAGAACGGCUCUGUCGCGUUUCUACUUUUAAUAAAAGUUCAUAUUAAUAAAAUGA